GAGGACAAAGAGGAGCCCUCCACGGGGCCAUUGGAGCCUCAGAACCCACGAGGCCACAGAGGGAGAGGAGGCCUGAGGCUCUUGGGUGGGCACCAGCCAGCCAUGGCCACAGCUGACACCACCUUGCCGUCCAUCAGUACGCUGACCGCCCUAGGCCCCUUUCCAGACACACCGGAAGACUUCCUCAAGUGGUGGCGCUUUGAGGAGGUGCAGGGCUUGGGCCCGGGUCCCCCGGACCCCACCCGGCCGCUCCUCCAUGUGAGGCCAAAGUUGGAGGACGCGCCUGCGGAGAAAGAAGACGAUGAUAGGGACGUGGCCACUGCCUGGGACCUGGAUCUCUUCUUCACCAACCUGCCGGGCCCAGAGCCGGGCGGCAUGCUUCAGACCUGCUCUCUGGCACCCGGCGAGGGUGCCGGGACACAAUUCCCACCGCAGCCCGAGACCCUGGGCGCGCACGGGGGUGGCCCGGGGCUGGUGGCUGGGCUCUUAAGUCCCGAGGAGCACCCAGGCUGGGCGCGCCCAGCCCCAAGAGCCCCAGCCCCUGACUCCUUCGUGAGCCCAGCCCUGGUCCCGGCCCCUGAGCCCAAGGCGCUGCCGCUGCAACCCGUGUACCCGGGGCCGGGUGUGAGCUCCUCCGGCAGCUACUUUCCGCGGACCGGGCUUUCAGUGCCUGCGGCGCCUGGCUCCCACUAUGGACUGCUGUCCGGGUACCCAGCGCUGUACCCGGCCCAGCAGUACCAAGGUCACUUCCAGCUCUUCCGCGGGCUCCCAGCGCCUGCAUCCAGCUCCGCCGCUCCCCACUCCUUCCUGGAUUGUCUGGGACCUGGAACAGCGGGUGCAGGACUCGGGGUAACCACAGGAGAUUCAAGAGAGACCGCGGAGAUGGCGCCAUCCAAGCGCAGCCGGCGCUCGUGGGCCAGAAGGAGGCAGGCGGCGCACACGUGCACGCACCCGGGCUGCGGCAAGAGCUACACCAAGAGCUCACACCUGAAGGCGCAUCUACGGACGCACACAGGGGAGAAGCCUUACGCCUGCACAUGGGACGGCUGCGGCUGGCGGUUCGCGCGCUCGGACGAGCUGACCCGCCACUACCGGAAACACACUGGACAGCGCCCCUUCCGCUGCCAGCUCUGUCCGCGCGCUUUUUCACGCUCCGAUCACCUGGCCUUGCACAUGAAGCGUCACCUUUGAGCCACCCCCACGCCCCCUGCCCCUGCCAUUUGGACCUUCUCAGGGACUGGGGACGGAACAACAGAGGGUCCACACAGGGCGAUUUUCCCUCGGACGGACUCUCUCCCGGGCACGCCGCCCCACAGACCUCCUGAAAGAUCAAGGGCUGGCCCACAGACAGACCUGGGGGAGCCUCCACCAGAAGCUCCCACAUGUCCCCAGCCACAGGGAGCCACACAGAGACUUCCUUAGGGUCAUGCAGACCCAGCGAGACAGACCUCCAAAUAAAUGGACUCAGCUGGACACUCAGAUACUUCGGACAGGGACACACCCUUAGAAAGCUGGACCCUCAGACCAGCUCACAGGUGGCCCUAGACAGCGGGAAGGGGUUAUGCGGUGGGGCUUCUCAGAGACAAGGGGGACUUCACACGGAAACUUCUGAAGCUCCGCACAGUGGCUGUGAAUGGUAAUGGGUCCUGUAACAAUAACAAUGCCCCUCCUGGGUAAAGCUUCAACUGUGGCAUGA